CUCCCGUCUUGCUGCAGCAUCCUCCUUCUCCUCCUCCUCCUCCUCCUCCUGCAGACACGGAGCUCGUCCAGCAGCAGAUUCAUCUUACUGUUUUUACUUUGAUUCUUGUGAAAAUGACUGAAAUCUGCAGCCGAAUUUCUCCUCUUCACUGAUUGGCUCAUUAUAUUCAUCAGGAACCAAUCAGAGGGCAGCUUGUUUCAGGUGGAUCAUUGUAACAGCAGUGAUGUCAGUGUCUCCUGGUCUCGCUGACCUGUCUCGUCUCUACCAGACGGAGUUUGUCCGCAGUGCCCGGGCCGUUGGUGUGCUCUGGGCCGUCUGCACUCUGUGUUUUGCAAUCAUCCAGGUGGUGAUCCUGGUCCAGCCUUCCUGGAUCGGUACUUCAGACACCAGGUCUCCGCAGGGUGGACCACCGCUGCCCAGUGGUACCAUGGGACUGUUUGAGGUGUGUAUGGAGUCAGACUGGCCAGUCCCAGACUGUCGUGGAGGUUUGUCCAGUCUGUCUCCUCUGCCGUCCUUCCAGUCUGUGGCAGUGUUAGUCGGCGUGUCUCUGUGGGCUGUGUGGACCAGUGUCCUCUGCCUCUGUCUCUUCAGGUUCUGCAGCGCUGCGACUGUCUACAAGGUCUGCGCCUGGCUACAACUGACUGCAGGUUUUUGUCUCGCAUUGGCCUGUCUUCUGUUUCCAGACUCGUGGGAGAGUCCAGAGAUGAGGGCUCUCUGUGGAGAUUCGGUGAGCAGCUUCUCUCCGGGGACCUGCUCGGUCCACUGGGCCUACAUCCUGGCCCUUCUCGGGGUUCUUGAUUACGCCAUCUUAGCCACGCUGGCUUUUGUCCUCGCCAACCGACAGGACGCUCUUCUGCCCCCAGACUGUCAGGAUGUGACCGCCGGCCUGCUGAUGGCGGCGUGAGUCCUCAGGUGAGCUGCUUCUUCUGCUCUUCAUCACUGUUAAUGCUGCCCUGCUCAACAGGUGAUUGGACAUGGUUCCAUCUAUGGGUGUCAGAACCCUUUUAAAAGUGUGGGGGACACGUCCCCUUUAGACGUCCCCUUUAGAUGUUCCCUUUAGACGUCCCCUUUAGACGUCCCCUUUAGAUGUUCCCUUCAGACGUCCUCUUUAGAUGUCCCCUUUAGACGUUCCGUUUAGACGUUCCCUUUGACGUCCCCUUUAGACGUCCCCUUUAGAUGUUCCCUUUAGACGUUCCAUUUAGACGUUCCCUUUAGAGGUCCCCUUUAGACGUUCCCUUCAGACGUUCCCUUUAGACGUUCCAUUUAGACGUCCCCUUUAGAGGUCCCCUUUAGACGUUCCCUUCAGAUGUUCCCUUUAGACGUUCCCUUUAGACCUCCCCUUUAGAUGUUCCCUUUUGACGUUCCCUUUAGACCUCCCCUUUAGAUGUUCCCUUUAGACGUUCCCUUCAGACGUUCCCUUUAGACGUUCCAUUUAGACGUCCCCUUUAGAGGUCCCCUUUAGACGUUCCCUUCAGAUGUUCCCUUUAGACGUCCCCUUUAGAUGUUCCCUUUUGACGUUCCCUUUAGACCUCCCCUUUAGAUGUUCCCUUUAGACGUUCCCUUCAGACGUUCCCUUUAGACGUCCCCUUUAGAGGUCCCCUUUAGACGUUCCCUUCAGACGUUCCCUUUAGACGUUCCAUUUAGACCUUCCAUUUAGAUGUUCCCUUUUGAUGUCCCCUUCAGACGUUCCCUUUAGACGUCCCCUUUAGAUAUUCCCUUUAGACGUCCCCUUUAGACGUCCCCUUUAGAUGUUCCCUUUAGACGUUCCCUUUAGACGUCCCCUUUAGACGUCCCCUUUAGACGUUCCCUUUAGACGUUCCCUUUAGAAGUUCCCUUUAGACGUCCCCUUUAGAUGUUCCCUUUAGACGUUCCCUUUAGUUGUUCCGUUUAGACGU